AACAUCAAAGGCUUUAAAAAUCACAAACCAAUAUUUAGCUGCUCAAUACUACAACGAAUUUCGAAUUUAUCACAAAUUAGUAAAAGCACAUGGUACGAGUUGGAGCGUUACCUGCGCGAUGAACCCAAAUUGCAGUCCUACAAGAAAAUCCACUCCGAGAUCGACACCGCUUGGGAUCUGCUAUCGGCACCAGCGCGCAUUUUGGAAGAGCUAAAAAUCAAAGAGCAAAAUCUCGAUUCAGUUUCGACCACAUCGUCAGUAUCGUCGACAUGUUCGGGCAUGUCGUGGGACAGCAGCGGCUCUCAAGCUCUUAGCUGUUCAGUUGUGGUCAAAAAGGAACGCAUCGACGAGGAGGAUGACGAGCUGCAUUCAGACAGUUGCGAGGAGAAAUUCACAGCAUCGGCGUUGGCUACAUCGCUGGGCAAUGCUGCUGCCACUUCACUCGCCUAUUCACCAUGUGGAUCUGCCUCGAGCACGCCCACGCCGGUAGCGGGACCUAUCAAUGCUGCCACCAAUAUGGGAACCACUCUUUCGACGGUAUCGGAGAAGGGUAUCAAGGUGCGUGUGAUCGCCACAAAGGCGCAUAAUAAAGGCGCUGGUAGUCGUGCUAAUGGCAUUAAUGUUAGCGUCAGUAGUGGCCAUAACAACAACAACAACAAUAACAAUCAAAGUAACAGCAGCAGCAGUACAAGUCCGCACGAUUACAUGUUGCCGACGUUAACGCCGCCAUCCUCACCCGAAUCUAUACGUACCAGCAACUCAAACAACGCGCAGCAGCAACAACAACAGCAACAGCAACAGCAACAGAUCGAUGCUAGCACUCUGAGUGCUACUGAAUUGGCAGCACUUAUUCAGCAACAACAACAGCAGCAGCAGCAGCAACAACGUCUCGGCCAAACGCAAUAUUCUGCUGGAACGCCGACUUCUACCGCCAUACUACGCUUCUCCAGUGCUGUAACGACACUGGUCAAUAGCAGCAAGAAUCCUACACUGACGUCGACUACAGUUCCUCUGCUACAACAGCAACAGCGACAGCAGCACCUGCAACAACAUCAACAACAACAAAAGUCACAUUUGAGUAUACAAACUGCCAGCGCUGGCACCAAUACCGAACCACAUCCGCAACAACCAAUCACACAGUCACAGCCAUCAGUAUCGUCUUCAUCGUCAUCGUCAUCAUCCCCGUCUACGGUACAUAGCAACAUUCCGCGCAGCACCAUUGUUCGUCUUACAUCGGCGAAUGGCACGAAAAGUGGCGGUAUUAGUUUGGCGCGCGUCAUACAAAUGCAGAAUAGCGGUAGUGGGAGUGUGGCAGCAGCAAUGUUGAAUGAGACGUCUACGUCUAAGCAACAACAGCAACAAAUACAACAACAUGUGAUGAAUAUGGCGGUGACAGCAGCGCAGAUCGCACAGCGUGGCACCCAGCUGCAGAAUCCACAAGUGACCGCAUUGACUACUAAAAACCACCAGCGACUACAUGAUCACAGUCCAGAUGCCAAGCGCCGGAUACACAAGUGCCAAUUUUUGGGUUGCAAAAAAGUUUAUACCAAAAGCUCACAUCUAAAAGCGCAUCAGAGAACGCAUACCGGCGAGAAACCGUACAAAUGCUCCUGGGAAGGAUGUGAAUGGCGUUUUGCACGCAGCGACGAGUUGACGCGCCAUUAUCGCAAACAUACGGGUGCUAAACCAUUUAAAUGCCGUAACUGCGAUCGUUGUUUUUCGCGUUCUGAUCACUUGGCGUUGCAUAUGAAGCGUCACAUGUAAAUAACAUUUCAAAAAAGGCCAUGGAAGGAUAUCGAAAGUAAAUGAGUGAAAGGUGCAUAAACAGGAUACGUAGCAUUCAGAAAGCUAAAGUGCAAAUGUAUUGAGACUUGCUGAGAAGCAGUACACAGCAGAUUAACUAUAGAAAAUGAGGAAAAACAAAGCAGAGAAUUAAACAAAAAAACUACAAAA